AUAUAUUGUGGUAGAGUGUAAUAAUAUGUUUUUAUGUACUGUUUUAAUUUGUAUGUAAUUGCGUAAUCGUAAUUGGAUCCCAGGAAGAGUAUUUAAUAGGGACCUGGAAUAAAUACAUAUAGAAACGUUAUGUAAUUUAACACGAAAUUCAGAUUGCGCAAUAUUGUAAUUUGUUCAACUCCAAUGUUUCGUUACAGGAAAUAAGUAACCUUCCAACAGUGGUUCCUCCUUUAAAAAUUGUGCGUUUACACCGCGGAAUUUAGAGCUAUAUAAAACACACAUUCGUUUUCAGUCUGUAGCAGCAUGGACAACGUGGUGAGUACCUUUACACUUUUAAUUUGAUUCCUGAUCUAUAGCAUAACUCCACGAAGUUACGUUUUGAACUGAAAUCAUGGAAGUGGGGUACGGAAGCAAUCUUUCCCAAUUGAAAGCAGUUAAUCCAUGCGUGAAUUCAAGUAAUAACGACACUGGAUUAUAAACUCCCGUUAUAACUGAUUAUAGCUCCCGUCCGCCCACUCUAAAUUGAUGAAAACGCGCUUUGGUGAUGAAAUGUAACUUCCUUAUGUUAUAAUAUACAUUUGACCGAGUCAAAUAUGAUUAUUCAUGUUCUGCGUCGUUCAGUGGGGUCUUUCUCUGACAUAUCAUUAACAUUAUAUAAAGAAAAGUUGGAUUUCGUAACUUCAUGCUUCCGAUAAUAAACACCGAACUCUGUUGACAGAACGGUGGUGCUUUCUCGCAGUAACUUUUGAGGGUUUACAUGGGUUGGUCCUCUGCAAAAUUGAUUGUGAGAAAUCUUCGAAAAAGAACUGGAAUUUUUGUAUGAAAAACGUACAGUAUAUUAAAAUAUGAAAAUACUACAUGGCAUGUUUUAUGUCCUCCAGAUUCGAGAAGAAAAAUGAUGAGGUCAACAGUUAACUUGUCAAUUAGCCUAAUACUCUCACAGCAUCCAGCCUAGCUGACACAAUGCUAUUUUCCCGAUUUUUUUACCACUAUCAUUCUCUGUCCUCCAUUGAUUUAGUCACCCUAAUUUUGUCUAUCCCUACGGGUAAACACUUUUGAACGGAUUAUGAAUGAGACAUGGGUUUGGACCAUUGGUUUUCUUAGAGGAGUAUCUACACAAUUAACAUACUAUUUUACCCAUUGGUUAAAAUAUGUGUUUUUGAUUGGAAACCCUAAUGACAUGUAUUCAUCUAAUAGUUCACUCCAUUACACUCAAAGGUGAUUUAAACUUCAACCAGUGAAUGCUAGCGAUGGCUAGCUAUUCUACCAGUCUCUCUUGGAGUGUUAGCAAACUAACAGCACACCCUGCAGUCACAUUUAUUUUUAAGGGAUCUGCAGUAGGUUGAUAACGAUAUUACCAAAGUAUGUUGUAUCAUGAGAAAACAGUCAUGGUAUUUAAUUUUCGAGAAUGAACAAGAUUUAACAAGGCAACCUUGGGGCUAAUUUGACUGCGCGCAAUGCAGUAGAGAGGUGUGGCUGCUGUGAAACGAUAUUCCAUGAGGAAUUUACAGAGGCCCGGACGUUGGUGACGUCACCACGUUUUAUUAAACAAAACCCCUGACUUUAAUCAUUUGGUAAAAAGUCUUUCCUCCGUGACCCGAAAAACCGAUAAGUGGUCAAGGAGAGUCUCAAUUCGUUAGUAGGCAAACGGAACACGGUCCUCCCCUCCUUGAUAUCCUCCUUUUGGCGAGGAUGAACAAGAGAAUCCUACCAGUUUUCUGAAGAGUUUUGAAAUCUGCCACACCCCAUUUGAAUCAGCUGUUUUCUUGAAGGAGAAACGUUUAAAAACUAUAUGCUACUUAUCCUUUUAUGUAUAAAAUGAACAUCUAGCUAGAUUAAUUUUUAUUACAUUCAAGCGUAUUCUCGUCCACUUUCAUUUGAGAAAAGCCCCCUUGUGUUUACGCUAGAGACGUUCAGUUUAUUUGCAUGGGCUGCGUCGCAUUCCACUGAAUCCGCCUUUAUCGGCCAUUCGCAUAUGUGGUGGAUAGGCACUUGUCAGCGCCUUUAUUUGCCAGACAUGAGAGGAUACCGACAAGUUACUUUUCACGAAAUCGUCUGUCUACUCUGAAUGGUUUGAGUUAAAAACGACCCCCCAAGUCUUAGAGUCAGAUUUACAAUGAAAAGGGUGCAAACAAGGUCAUGGCAUUUAUCUGAUCCUCUGUUGUAUCUCAGGUUUGUACUGUUAGCUGUGAAUCAGGGUUGGGCUCAAUUCAUUUUUUUAGAAUUGAUUCAUAUGUUGAAAUUCACCACACCCCUACACCCUCUAAGUGGUGUAGAAUUUGAGUUGGAAUAGCAGGAAGUAGAAUUUAAUUGAUUGCAAUUGAAGAUUGUCUAUUAUAUUGACAAGAUUGUCAAAUGACCACUUGUCAACAAUGGAAAUAGAUGUCCUCAAACAUGGAAGGCGGGUGGGAGGAGGUGACAUCAGGUGGGAACAUUCUAUCCAGUGAGAGGGCAGAUACAUGUGUGAACAACAGGCCAUAGAGACAGAUAGAGGACUCAUUGAAAUAUUUUAACUUUUUAUUUAACUUUUAUUUAACUAGGCAAGUCAGUUAAGAACAAAUUCUUAUUAACAAUGACGGUCUAUCCCAGCCAAACCCGGACGACGCUGAGACAAUUGUACGCCACCCUAUGGGACUCCCAACCACGGCCCGAUGUGAUACAGCCUGGAAUCAAACCAGGGCCUGUAGUAACGCCUCUUGCACUGAGAUGCAGUGCCUUAGACAGCUGUGCCACUCGGGAGCAUCUUUGUAUCUGUGCCAUUAUAGCAUCUGUAACAGCAUGGGCAGCGCCAUUAAUGCUAUCUCUAUUUUAAAGUAGUCUGUUUCCUUCUUCUUCAUUGGCUGAUUGCUCCCUUCUCAUAGGAAUCCUCACCCAGUUGACUACUUUAAAGUGGUUGAAGCCCUCAAUGGCAAUGUCCAUGCUAAAACAGGUUAUAUCAAUGAUGAGUCCUCUAUCUAUCUCUAUGACAACAGGCACAACUCAGUUAAAGUCAUUUUUUUCAAAGUUGCCAAAAUGCCACGUGUGUCCACUUAUGUGCAUUCAUAACAACCUAACCAUUACAACAUUUCUGUUCAAUCAAAUAAGUCUCACGUAGCAAAUUAGCAAUAACGUUUUUUGUUGACUAAAUUCGACACCCUCAUUGACCUCAAUACAAAAUAUUCUCACUUUGUGGGCUUAUUUUUGUGGACAGAAUAUAGAAUAGAAGAGGCAUUUUUUAUUUCACCGAGUUCAAUUCUAUUUCCUUUAAUUCAAUUCCAUAUCCUGUUUACUACUUCGAUUGGAAUUCAAUUAAAAUUCAAUCAUUUAAUUGGAAUUUAUCAGACAUUCUCAAUUCAAUUCUGAAUUGAGCCCAACCCUGUUUCCUAUGGAAGAUUGACAGUAUCAUUUAAAACAACUGAUAUUCCCAUUCGGGUCAGCAUUCUCUGAUGUGACCCUCCAACCAUCUUUUGAGGUACCAUUUGAAAGUUGACAUUUCUAUUGUGUUCUCAUUUUAGUACAUUUAACAGCCAAAACAUGACUCCCACCCUUUAUUCAAGAGCAUGCUGAAUUGAGCCCAACCCUGCUGUGAAUCUCUUCCGGGAGGAAAUCACAAGUGUAUCCCAGACCAACCCCACGGAUUGUGACGUCAGCCUGGCUCAGACUGCGAUGGAGGAUUUUGGCCAACAGGGGGUGACCUUGCCACACACCGAGGGAGAACGUACAGCCCAUACUCAGAGGAGCAAGUCAGUAGGAGGAGUCAGAGAGAAGCUCCAAUCAGAGCUGAGAGGGAGGUGCGUGUCUUUGUGUGAUGGAACCCCAGCAGGACAAGAGGUGCGGAGUCACUGCCUCACACACUCCUAUGUGGAACUCCUCAUCACCGAGGGCAACGUCCAAUGGCACAACGAUAGGCAUGCUGCCACGCGACCCGUAAGGCCACCAUCAGAUAUGCCCACUGCUAAUGAGGAAGUAACGAUCAAGCUUGACGAUAUCUACAAACCGCCGCUAUCUCCGGAUCGGCCUCAAGUAAAAACCGUCCUGACGAAGGGUCCCGCAGGCUCAGGGAAGACUGCGAGUGUCCAGAAGUUUGUUUUGAACUGGGCCGAGGACAGAGCCAAUCAGGAAGUCGACUUCUUGUUUGUCUUUCCCGUCAGUGAACUCAAUUGGCUGAUAGACCGGAGCUUCAGUCUGAGUGGCCUCAUCAGCCACUUCCACUUGUCCAUGACGUCGGAGAGUGAGAACCCCGGUCUGGAUCUGAGUCGGUCUAAGGUGGUCUUCAUCUUGGAUGGUUUGGACCAAUUCAACCUUCCCCUGGACUUUGAAAGCAUAUCAGUGGAGUCUGAUAUCAAUAAGGAGAUGCCUUUGCCCAUCCUCCUAGCGAACCUCAUCUGGUGUCAGCUGCUUCUUCCCUUUGCCUACGUCUGGGUGAUCACCAGGCCUGCGGCUGCCAGUUUCAUCCCCAUCGACUUUCUCCCCCAACAACAGUGCUUGACAGAGAUACGGGGCUUCGACGACACCCAGAAGAGGGAGUUCUUUAGAAAGAGGUUUGGCAAUCAGAGUCUGGUGCACAAAGCUAUCGCCCUAGUCAUGAAAGCUAUUGCACUAGAGUCAUCACGGAACCUCUGCGUCCUGUGCCAAACACCGUUGUGCUGUGAGAUGUUGGCGACCAUUUUAGAAAACACUGAGGCGGGAGAGUGUGUCGAGAUAGACACUCUGACGCAACUAUACACUCACUUUUUGCUUGUUCGGAUUGGUUUGAAGAACGAUCGAAAUGGUGAACACUCGGAAUCAAUCAGAGAGGUUAUUCGUAAGCUUGGGAAGCUGGCUUUUCUACAACUGGAAAGAGGAAGCCUCAUAUUCAGCGAGAGCGAUGUGAAGGAAUGCGGAAUCGACGUCUCUAAAAGUUCCACAUUCCACAGGUUGUGUAGGCCGCUCAUCGCAGGGUGUGAGAUGUACCUGGAGGAAAUGUACCGCUUUGCGUACGCAGGCAUUCAAGACUACCUAGCUGCCCUGCACGUGUUUCUCACCUACACAAAUAAAAGGAGAAACCUACUACUCCAACCUACUACACUCUUUGAUCGAUUGAAAGGGACGUUCAGGAGAGCAACCCUUUUAGACCUCCACAGAUGCACCGUGGACAGGGUUUUACGGAAUACGCACGGAACUUAUGACCUCUUCCUCUGCUUCCUCCUUGGCCUCUCAACAACACCCAACCAGACUCUCUUAGAUCUAGCAUGUCUAGGGGAAAGUUUAAAGGUCACAGGCUCCAAGGGGAUUACAGAGAUCACGGCAGAAUACAUCAAGCAGGCGAUCAAGGCUGAGCCUUACCCUCAGACCACACUGGCGCUUUUCCGCGGUCUGCGGGAGCUAGGGGACGCCUCGCUGGGCAGGGAGGUCCGACGCUACCUGGCCUCCGAGUCCCGGUGGGGGUUCCUGCUGGAGCCCGACCAAUGCUGGGAGCUGGCGGACAUGCUUUGGGCAGGCCGGGAGAUGGAGAGGGAAGUGUUUAGGGAGAUGGAACGUUUGAGUUGGAUGCGCCGAAUGAGCAUGUGGGGCUUUUGGAGGAUGCAGACCGUACUGGGAGACAGACACUGGCAGGUCUACUAGAAAGACAUCACUACUGUAUGAAUGGUCUACUAGGGAGACAUCACCACGGACUGUACUGCCACAUAUACUAUAUUGCCACUGCAUGAGACUGUUGAGGAAUGUCAAGUUUAGAGAGGUGUAUAGGUACAUUUGGAAGGUAGGUUUGAGUGUUUUUUUGUACAGAGAAAAAGUGAUGAUUGCAAUCCAUGUUUAUGGAUCUGAGUAGUGGGUAGUAGUGUCUACUGAAAAAUCUUAAAAUCAAUCAAUCAAUCGAUUCUUCAAACAAACAAACUUUAUUUGCUUAGAGCUUUGUACAAGCUAACUUGCCGAUCACAUGGCAGAAGUCAUAGCGCAGUUGAGAUUGGUCAUAGUGCCAAUAGACUCCAGGUAGAAGUGCCAUGUCAGAGCACCUCUCCAGUUGUUAGGUACCUUCUUUACCGCCACCACCCUGAACAGCUCGUAGGGUGGCACCAGCACAUUGAGGCCUGAAGAGGAGCGGCAGUGGCGCGAACGCAAGCGGGGCAGCAGGUGCCCGUGGCACGUCCGGAUGGUCAGGUCAAAGCUGGAGCUGUACCGCCGCGUGGACGCCAGGACAAAGUGCCCGGUGCGCACCUGAUCCCCCACCUCCCCUCGCAAGUUGUCCCCGCGCCCGCUGUCAGCAUACACCAGCAGGCAGCCCUUCCCAUCCUGCUCCGCCUCUGCCUCCUCCCGCCCUAUCAGGAGCCGCAGGGCGUCGGUCAGCAGGAAGUGGAGGGACUUGAACAGGAAGUACUGGCGGUAAACAUUGGCGUCGGGGCCCAGAGAUCUAGCUUCCACGUCAAAGAUCAAAGGGAAGGUGCGGUUGUAUGUGUUUGUGUAGAGGGUCAGCGCUGUGACAUGGAGGUUGGUGAGGUUCGCCACCGUCACAUUGCAGCGUUCAGCUUGCGACCAGGCGGUGGAGAAAGAAGGGCUGGCCUGGCGUUCCCUGGUCAGCAGGUCGCCCGCGGUGAUGUUCCCCAUCAUCUCUUCCCUGCACGUCGGGUAGCGGUCGUCCACCGAGCUCAGUUCCAUGUUCAACCGCUCCUCAUCACACCGACACUGGCACUGCUGAGGAGAGCUAUACAGCAUUACAAUCAUUCUGACACUACUGAGGACAGCUAUACAGUGUUAGAAUCAUUCUGGCACGGCUGAGGACAGCUAUUCACUGUUAGCAUAUAUACUGUAUAUUGCUACAUAUAUAAAUAUAAAGCUCUGGCUUCCUGUAAAUUGUGUCACCAAUAUAUUCAAAUAAUAUAUACAACUGGGGUGACAGGUAGCCUAGUGGUUAGAGCGUUUGGCCAGUAACCGAAAGGUUGCUAGAUCAAAUCCCUGAGCUGACAAGGUAAAACUCUGUCGUUCUGCCCCUGAACAAGGCAGUUAACCCACUGUUCCAAGGCCGUCAUUGUAAAUAAGAAUUUGUUCUUAACUGAUUUGUCAAGUUAAAUAAAGAAUAAAUAAAAUAAAACUGGGGUCACCCACCUCUGCA